GUAUGAUUAAAAAGAUGAGUGGUCUUCGAAGAGAGUAUGAGUACCCUGUGUUAUGUAUUGGGGAAGAAAUAGCAAUAAGUGAUGAGGAAAAAGCAGAAAUGUUUAGGAAAGAAUUCUCAAAAAUAAAUAGUUCAGAUAAUUUGAUGAGGGAAUGUAAGGAAAAGAGGGAGAAGUUGUUAAAAGAACAUCCAUUUAUAUUAGAAAAAAAGAGAGUAACAAAUAGUUGUCUAGAUGCGCCUUUUUCAUAUUCAGAAUUAAAGAGGGCAUUAAAAAACACUAAAGCUUCAACUCCUGGACAGGACGGAAUUAGUUAUGUAAUGUUAAAAAAGUUAAGUGAUGAAUCUCUUAAAAUUAUUCUACAGUUUUAUAAUAGGGUAUGGGAGGAGGGGAUUUUACCUAAGAGAUGGAAAGAAGCAGUAAUAAUUCCCAUUAAAAAACCAGCUUUACAGGUGGAGAUGGGGGAGAUGCCAAUUCACUUAAGAAGGAAACAAUUGAUACUGACAUACUGGAUAAACCUAAAAGGGCAGAAGGAUAAUCAUCCAACAAAAGGUAUAAUGGAAACAUGUUGGGAAUAUGGGAAAGGAAAAGUUAACAGUUUUGGUUGGAUUAUUAAGGAUUUAGUUCAGAGUAUGAAAUUAGAUGAGUAUAGAGUUAUUCCAGCAGUAAUAUUACCAAUAACACCAUUAUGGAUUUUACCUCAACCAUAUGUAGAUCUAUUCUUAUUGGAAUCAAGAAAAGAUAAAGAACAGAGGAUGUCGGAAGCAGAGAUGGCAAAAGAGUAUAUUGGUAUUAAAUAUGAACAAUAUAUAAAGGUUUUCACAGAUGCAUCUAAGGAUCCACAGAAGGGACAAGUAGGGGUAGCAUAUAUCAUUCCCAGAUUGAAAGUGGCAAGAGGGGAAAGAGUAUCAGACCAUGUAUCAGUGUUUACAGGAGAGCUACUAGCAAUUAUGGUAGCAAUUAAUAAAAUAAGUGAAAUGGGGAUAAAUAAAACUUUAAUAUGCUCAGAUUCAAGUUCAGCCUUGAUGUGCCUAGAAGCUCAAAAAUCAGAUACUAGACAGGAUAUUGUGUUGGAAAUAUUACAGAUAUUGUUUAUGAUGCAACAAAAAAAUAAGAUAGUUCAGUUUUUAUGGGUUCCGGCACAUACUGGAGUGGCUGGAAAUGAAGCAGCAGAUAAACUAGCAAAACACUCUAUGGCAAAGGAAAAUAUAGAUAUUCAAAUUGGGUGUAAUCAGGGCCGACAGUUCGAAUCAGAGGUGGUCCUGACCCUGUGUAACUUGCUCAACAUAAAGAAAACGCGCACUACUCCCUACCACCCAGCCUCAGACGGCAUGGUGGAGCGUUUUAACAGGACGUUGAUUGACCAAAUUGCUAAGAUACUCUUGUCGUGUGGGGGCGAAUGGGAUGAUUAUAUCAAACAGGUAGCAUUUGCAUACAACUCCUCAAAUCAUUCUAGUACCAAGUUCUCGCCAUACUUCCUAGUCCAUGGACGGGAACCAAGGAUGCCCACUGACUGUUUACUGGCCACCCGUAUACUUGACUGUGACGUUUCAAAGUCUCAUGCUGACUUCGUAUCCACUCUGCUGGCAAAGCUGCAAAACGCUUUCAGGAGCACGAGAAUGUACAGUGAGGUGGCGUUUGAUCGAUAUAAACUAUACCAUGAUUCGGACCUCAGACAUCAGCCCUAUACGGUCGGUGCCAUGGUGUGGCUCAAUAACCCUGUGGAGAGCCGAAUGAAGCUAGCACCCCACUGGAUAGGACCUUUAUGA